ACUUUUUCUGUGGCUGAGGUGAAUUCAUCUUUGCCAUACAAUGCAUGUGAGUGCAAGAAACAGCUGCCACGGAAGGUAUGCAUGAAAUGAUCUGGGUGUGUUCGAGAAGGAUUUCAGAAUGUGGAACAAGAUGAAUGGUUGUGAGAAGAGUAGCAAGCCUCAUGUGGUAGUCAUUCCCUACGUCGGACAGGGGCAUCUAAUUCCUUUUCUGGAGCUCACAAAACUUCUCGCCUCCCACGGCCUCAUUGUUUCUUACAUAUCAACACCGGGGAACGUUGCACGUCUACAACCUCAAGUAGAUCAUGUGGUCAAGAGUUCGAAUCCCGGCGUAGACAUACGCCUGGUGUCGCUUCCCAUGCCUCCCGUCGAAGACCUACCACCAGGAAUCGAAAGCUCCGAAACUGUUCCCCUGCAUAUGAUCGGAAUCCUCAUGAAGUCAUCCUACAAGCUGGCUGGACAAUUUGAGCAAUGGUUGGAGCAGGAGAUGAAAAAUGCAGAGGAUCAGAUUCACAAUUCCCCGUCUCCCCCCGUUUGCAUAAUAAGCGACAUGUUCACUUCAUGGGUCCACAAAUCUGGCGCCAAAUUCGGUCUCCCCACCGUAGUUUUCCACACGUCGGGAGCAUUUGCAAUGUCUGUUAUGCAUUCCUUCAUGAAGAACACGCCACAGAAGAAUGUGCAAGGAGACGACGAGUAUUUCCAGGUCCCUAACCUUCCACUCGAUUUCAAGCUACGUAAAUCCGAGCUGCCAUUCAUCAUGCGGGACUCGGACGCGAAUCCCAUGCAGAGUUUCGUCACGGACGAGAUCAAUCUCAGCAUGGAAGGAAGCGGGGUGAUUUUCAACACAUUUUAUGCGCUGGACUCGCUGGGGAUCGAGCACAUUAAGAGCUUAACGAAGAAGCCUGUUUGGAGCAUUGGUCCUAUACUUCCCAAGAAGCUUUUCGAUGCAGAGGGAGUCGAACGGGCCACCCAUGACAGCAGAGGAAAGAGCGCGGAUAUAAGUGAGGCGGAGUGCUUGCAGUGGUUGGAUAAGCGCAGCCCUAAUUCAGUAGUUUUUGUGUGUUUUGGAAGCCAGUCGUCUCUGAACAAACAACAGACAGAGGCUCUGGCGAAGGGGCUAGAGGCAAGCCAGCAGGCCUUCAUAUGGGCUAUCAAGCGCGUCCCAGAGAUACAGCUCCCAGAGGGGUUUGAAGAAAGGAUUAAAGACAGAGGGCUGAUCAUAUGGGGCUGGGCGCCGCAGCUCCUGAUCCUGUCCCAUCCUUCCACCGGUGCGUUUCUAAGCCACUGUGGAUGGAACUCAACGCUGGAGAGCAUCAGCCUGGGUGUCCCCAUGAUUACCUGGCCCAUGUAUGCAGAGCAGCCUUUCAACAAUAAGCUUCUGGUAGAGCAUUUGGGUAUUGCAGAACAGAUAUGCUCUCACAUGGACGGCGUGGGGGACGAGUAUGUUGUGAAGAGAGCGGUUAUAAAGGUUCUGGCGGAAGAAGAAGGGGAGAUGAUGAGAAGCAGAGCUCAGGAACUGAGAAAAAAGGCAAAAAUGGCGGUUGAGAAAGAUGGCUUUUCUCAUGCAAACCUGCAGGCUUUUAGAGAAUAUGUGCAAGAACGGCAUGACAACUGGGUGCUCACUGCUCAGUUGUCGCCCAAAUGAAGAAAAGGGUAAACCAGAAAAGAAGAAACCAGGCACUAUACUGUGAGGGAAGGAAGCAUUCUACCCAUUCAAAUAUUAUUAUUAAAAUUAGACAAUACUUAAAUUACAGUAUUUCUAUUUUGAGAAAUUUUGUCUUAUAUUUUGAGUCUGGAAAUGGAAAUAGAAAUGGAUUCUUUUAUGGGUCUACAAGUGGCUUCUGGGUCUACAGAUGUCUUAUAGUAAUAUGGAACUACAGAAAUAUUAUGUUAAGAUUGUCUCCUUAAUAAAAAUGUUGACAUUUAUUCAA